AUGGGCCGGGCUGGGCCUGAGCGAGGGGUGUGGUUGGGUAUAAACCAGGGGACAGUGGGUUUUCUGUUGUUGUCCAGUUUUGAAGCCCUCUGCCUGGCGUCCUGCACCCCUCCACUCCACUUCUUUCUUUCUCCUCCUUCCACUCACACUCCCUCCAGAGUGGGACUCUUCCUCGACAGGCUCCUGUCAGGUCCGCAGCAUAAGUCUUUUGGGAGUCCCUAGAAGCCAGAAACCAUGCUGACGUUUUUGGCGCUGGCGUCGGUUGUCCUCCUGGGAAUAGUACCUGAGCAGUCCCAGGCUAUAGUGAUUUACACUGGCUGGGAGCGUCACGCCCUCUUGGGCUCCGACAUCCGGCUGUCCUGUUCCUUUUUCUCCUGGCGCUGGACCUCGGAGGAUGUCACCUUCUCCUGGACAUACAGGCCUGAUGGCUCCCGGGACAGCAUUUCUAUCUUCCACUACACUGGCGGUGUUCCCUAUGUGGACAACAAGGGCCCAUUCAGGGACCGGCUGGAGUUCGUGGGAAACCCAAGCCGCCGUGAUGGCUCCAUCUUGAUCAAGAACCUGGACUUCAACGACAAUGGCACCUUCACCUGUGACGCCAAGAACCCCCCUGACAUAGUGGGCCGGCCUUCCAGCGUCCGCCUGCUGGUCUUUGAGAAGGUGCCCAUCCAGGCUGGCGUGAUCACUGGGGCCAUCAUCGGGGUGGUGCUGGGCCUGCUGGUUCUCAUCGUGGUCAUCUACUACCUGAUGAGGUUCCUGGUGGCGCGCCGUGUCUUCAGCCUCAGUGUCAGCAAACAUGGCAAGAAAAAGAAAGAGGGAUCACAGCAGAGACAGGGCCCCGUGCCUCCCGCCGAACCCUCCAAGGUGAAGGCGGCCGCCUCGGAAAAGAAGAAGCAGGAGUCUCGCAAGGAUAAGAAAUAGGAUACGGGGAGGGGCUGGGGCGGGCUCGUCGACCGGCUGCUCCAGCCCAUACACCUGGCGGUGCCGAUGGUGCAGUCCAAGCCGCAGCAGCAAACCAUAGCCAAAAAGACAGACAGGGUGGUGGGAGGAGGGGAACAGGGCACGGCCCGGGUGCUGAUGACCAUCGACCUGGAGCUGACCGGCAGAAAUGGGGAACAGAGACCCGGUGGUGAGGGAGGGAUAGGAAAGUCCGAACCGGUUGGCUUCCUCUCCCGCCUCGUCAACCAGCUCACCUUCAAAAAAUAAACCAAUAGGGAGGCGGGGGAGGCCAAGGGGGGAGGGAGCAAUCAAGGAUAAGAGAGUGGGAAGUCUACUGAGGAGACAGCAGGAGAGUUAAACCACAAACCUACUUCACACCCACCACAACGCCAACCUGAGUGCCUGAAUAAAUGAGUCAAAUCAUAUCUGCUCUUGUCACAGGCUGAUGACUGUAGACGCAGCUAUAUGGGCCGAGAUCUAAGAUGUCGUGAUAAUCUCUUACACCAGCCGGCACCCCGAGUACUUUUGUCAGGUCAUAAGAUAUGCCAUUUGAAGCGAGACCCUAAGACGGCUGGGUUUGAUAACAAAAUCUAAAAAGCUGCUCCCCGGGUUUUGCCUUUCUGGUUCCUUUCAUUGUGAUCCUAUCCACAGAAAAAGCUUUCUCCAAGUGCGUCCGAUACGCAUCACGAAUCCCAAGCUGCGGGGACAAGCCAAUUUGCUUUUUUUUUUCGCAGGCAACGUGUCAAACUCUAACUUUCUCCCCUCGCACUGAUCUUCAUUCUUUUUUACUCUCCAAUCCCAUUUCUUCCUCUUUCACUGUGAAUUUCCUGACUUUCUUGUUAAUUCAAAUUACAGAAGUGAUUUAUAUGCUAACUGCUCUAUCCUGUUUCUCUUCCUCUCUCACUUCCCUUCCCUCUUUUCUUCCUUUUCUCUCUCCUGUAGAUAAAGGUCUGACUUCUCCAUGACUGCCUCCACUCCUCUAGUCUGCUCCCUCCUUUACUGCCCAGCCUGAUGCAACCCCCAUUAUUUCCCAUUAUCUCCUCUCUUUCAAGACAGCACUGGCUGUAAGAAUAGUCCUACUAUAUCAGUGGCAACAGCGUCAAAUAAUUUUUACAACGGCUGAUUGGAGACUCUGUAUGCACUCAUUGGGCAAACUGUAAAACUGUUUAAGGCCUAACAACGCACAUAACUUCCUUAAGAGGAACCCGAAAGACAUCCCUCUGUGUUUAGAGUCCCCUGAAUCUUCCCCCUUAAUGUUUACGACUCAAUCACACACACUGAGCGGAGCUGUGAGUGCACUCUGGACUUCAGAUAGAGAAAAAGAGAGACAGAGACGGAGAGGAGAGUGAUAGUGGGAGAGAAAUAUGAUUCCUGCUCUCAGCCGGCGUAGAUAGAGGUUCAAGCCCUCGAGCUCGGGGUGAUUCAAUCCUCUCACAUUUGAGCUAAUGGAGGUUGUCGCCGUGUCCCUGCCCUGGCUAAAGGGGGCUAUUUCUGGCCCUAUAAGUGCGUACGGGCUUACUGUAACAGCUGCACAUUUUUCAGCUAACAGGGGAGGGGGAGCGAUAAAGAAAGAGGUGAGCAGGGUGGAUGGGGGUGGGGGGGGUGCCCGCUGAGCUGUUUGUGCCUGAGUGCAUGAGGCUGUCCGCUGUUGACUUGACGGCCGUCGACUGACGACCUGGAAUGACGUCACGGCCCGGAGGGCUGACGGAUGCUCUCAGGAGUCUUGACAAAAGGGGCUUACCAGGAAGAGGUGCAGCUUCUGUGCUCUCAGAGUUAUUUUAGGUCCAGUUAAUCCGCUUGCACGUUUCUCCUCGCCAACCCAGGGCUAAUUAUUUUAGCACGUGCUGGUAACGAGAUAUCUCUCUCUCCAUCUUCCUCUCUCCCUCCCUCCCUGCCUCCUCUGCUGUCUUCACUCCUUUGUUAUUCACUCUUCAUCUCUGCUCCCAUCUUGGGAUUCAUCUCCUCCCUCCAAACCCUUGUUUCGUUCUCUCUGUCCUUACGUCUUUGGCUUCCUUCAUCUCUUCCUCUUCCUGUCUUCUAGUGACUGUGCACUGCAUUAUUCCCCCACAGAAAAGGCCUAUACACAAUCCACUCCACUCUUUAAGCCUCUCCUUAUCUGACUGCCAGGCCUACAGCUCAAUGCUCUGCUCCUCUUUCCUCUCUCUUCUGUCCUUCCUACUCCUCGUCCUUCUUCUUCUCUUUCUCAAACUCGAUGACGGACAUCUCUCUCCCCUCCCUCCGGCUUGCCCAAUGAUCGACGAACGCCCUCUCGCUUGCCCUUCAAAGUGCCACCUCCCCCAAAGGCAUGUUCCCCUGCCAGCCCGCCUUCCCUUCUUCCUCCGACCCUUUACUGUCUUGUUUCUGCUGGUUCGAAUGCCAAAAUGCUCUCCUCUGCCCCUCACUGGCAAAGGACGGAAACACAUGGGCAGAAAUCCGCCUUUAGUUCUCACUGAAGACGCCAAACAUAUAUAAUCUAGCUAGCUCUCUUCCGGUCGCAAAUACGACGCGUGUUUUAUGUAUAUGUGUGUUUAAAAAUGAAGAUUUGAUAUAAAGCAAAAAAAAUAAAAACAGUAUGUCACCCUAAGUUAAGCAAAUAAUGUUUUCUGAGACAUUUUUUACAUGUGUACAAAAAGAAAACACAUGGAGAACAUGUUUAUCAAGGCAGGGAGGAAAUGUAAUUGUAUUCAAUUGAAUAUGUCAUUAUAUUUCUGACCUUGUGUGUUAUGUAAGGUACUGUGUGGCUGUCUCUCUGGUGCACAUUUUAUUCCGAGACGAUUGGAAAUCGAGGUCGUCGUGCGGCGUCGGAGAGAAGACGAGGGGUGGAUAAGGGUUCGGUUAGCCUCAGAUUCAGCGCGAUGUGGCUGGGGAGAAAAUAAAAAAAGGGGGAGGAAGGUGCUUGCUGUGGGAGAACGCUUUGGAGGAAGAGACUUAUCUGGCGUGUUAAGCCAAGCCAAAAAUCCAUAUGUAUCACCACAGAUAGAGUCGGCUCUUCCCCCAGAGCUUUCUUUUAAAGGUGCUCCUUCCCCAACCCUGAGCCAAAGAUGGAUUGCGAUCUGCGUGCUUGAUAUGCAGGGUGGACAGUGUAGACUUGAAUGUUCCUUUAAAAUUCAUAACGGCAAUGGAGGUGCUAAAAAUCCACAUCUUUAUAACUGGAGAUCUGUUUCACUAGUCGCUGUUUAACUAUCCAGUCACGUGGAUUAGUUAGAAUGUUUUCUUCUUUUUCAGCAAAGCCACACAGACACCUGACAUAAGACAAACAGCAUUAAAAUGCCUUUUAAAAAAGUGUUUUAUAUGUAUUAUGAACUGUAUUAGUCAUAGUUGCACAAUAACCUUCCUUUAUUUGAAAUGACUGGAGCUUCUUACAUUUUUUUACAUUUAUUUUAAUGCUUGUGAUAAUUCCAGAGCACUAACAACUUUUGAUGACUCUGUAUAAUAUGUUGUAAAGAGAACGUAAAUAAAAAAAAUUAAAGCCCCAAAGCGCGGCUGUUGUCAACAGAAGACAAAGUAAACCCAGCUGAAAAUGUC